AUUCUUGUCAAAAUCUGGAAUGGAUAUUUCAGAAUGGGAAUUUGCAGCAUAUCCUAAACAUCCGAAAGUUAUUGGUGAUCGUUGUAGAUCAGCCAGAAUCAAUCAAACUAUACUUAACAAAUUAUUGAGUUUUAAAUUGUCUGACGAAGAAGUUGAUAAAAUUAAUGUUCCUUAUAUCCAAAUUGCUGGAACUAAUGGUGAGAUUAUGGUUGAAGAUCUAGUAGAAAGUUUUUAUGUAGUGUUUCCAGGAAGUAGAUUCGAGAUUCCAACAAAAGUUCAAGAGAUUGAAAAACUUAAGGAUUCAAUAAAAGCCUUUAAAUAUUGUUUGGAAUCAUUUAUUGAAACAAAUAAGAUAAUUGAGAAGAAACUCCAAGUUAGUAGUAGUCAUCCAUUUAGCAAAAUUUUUGACAAAGAAGAUAUCAGUUCACCUGCUGGUCAUUACAAAUCUAAGUUCAUCCAUCAGUCAUGGUGGACACCUAAAAAAGGAGAGACACAAGUAACAUUUAGAGAAUGA